AUGGCGGCGACGACUGCCUCCCUGCUGGCUCCGUGCAACCGCCGGGCUAGAAAGAGGCCCGGCCUAGGUUCACCCGAAGGGUUGAAUCUUUUAGAGGAGAAACCCGAUUUAGCCUUUACCCACUUUCUCGUCUCCAAAGAGCAGGGGAAAGUCUUGCCCUUCGCCCAGGCGCCUGCCGGCGGCUUCACAUCCCCCUACUUGCCGCUGAACCUCUACUCGAGGCAGGAAGGGACGCCUGGAGACUGCAGCUGUGGGCAGGGAGACAGACACCCGGUGGCCCCAAUUUAG